CAGCUGGGCGUUUAUACAUGCCGAAAGAGAAUUCCCCACAUCUUCCGGUUCUUCUCUUCCGAGCUCCCAGUCUACCCUCCACAAUCCAUUCCAUUCUUCUGGGCACGAGCGACAUGGCGGCCGCCACCGGCUACGGUGACGCCCCGACCACCGACGAGCAGCUGGUCGCGUACGAUGAGCUACCCAGACAAGGCCGCUACAUGGCGGAGGUGUUCGCCGUGCGCAUCCCCGCCGCCGCCGGAGCAGACCCGCCCAGCGGCACCAUCUCUGUCCACGGCGGCCACUGCUGGAGCGACUUCAUUUACGGCCCGGAAGAAGAGCACACCUCGCAGCAAACCUGCUGCGAUAGCCAGGGUAACAUCGUGCUUACUGGGCCAUCGGUGGUCACCUCGGCAUACAGUCCAAUUGUCUUCAGCCUCGACCUCCAUGACGGCAACCGUAGGCAAGCGGACGACGAGGAGGAAGAGAACACCAGUACGAUAGUCUGCGACGCCGUUGGUGGCGACUUCUCUAACUACAAUAGGGCCAUAUCAGAGACUGUCCACACAUGCUACGGCCCAGCGGAGGUGAUCUACGCUGUCCUGAGCAAUGGCGUCCAAGGCCGGGUCGAUGUGAAGCUUGCGCGCCUGCAGUCCCGAGACGAAGAGGAUCUUGUUGGCAGGAUCGUUGCUCGCAGCAAGCUGUUCGACGUCGGUUGCGUGCUCUUCUACAAGGAGGCCGCUGACAAGGGAGUGCACGUGCGACCGGGGGAGCUGGUUCCGUUGGCGAGGCAUGCACUCGCCGUGCCAUUGCACAUACCGCUGACGAUUGAGCUUGACCUUCAUCGUGGUGGAUCCGGAGAUGAAAUUGUUAGAGGCCAACUUGAGUUCAAAACUGCCACCGACGGCCUGCAUGUGGAACGUCUUGUUGGUGUCAAUGGUGCUGAAUUCGAGGUGACAAUCUUAUGGUCGGAAUACCCUUGGUAGACACCUGUGUGAGCCAAGUGGAGUACUAUCAGCUAUAGUGUAUAUACAAAUACUACUAUAUGGAACUCACUAGCAGUUCAAAAAUAAGUGUUUAUUGACACAUACUAAUUUGUAUUUUCUAAUACAUUUGUAAUGAAUAAAGGGUAAUAUAUAUGACACAUACUACCGCGUUCUUGUGCUA